AUGCCAAUGAAGCCACAAGAUUCAUGUUCAUCAUCGACGAUGACUCUUCGUUGUUCAGCAAAUUACGUUGUUAUUGUUAAAAGUGCUUCAUAUGGUGUUGCACGAAUAGCUGGAUCAUGUGCUUAUACACCCGGAGAUUGUGUUGCUGAUGCAAUGAGUGCAAUAACAUGCACAACAGAUGCUGUUUUCUGUAAUGUCUUUGCAACACGAAAAAGACUGCCACAAUGUAACGAUCAGUUCAACGAUUACCUUCAUGUUGAAUUUGAUUGUGUACCAUUAUCAAUGGAUGAUCCGGCAAAUGAAUACAAUGUUUGUCAAAAUGGUACGGACAUAACAAGUGAUUAUGGUAUUUUGAAAAGUCCUGGUUAUCCAACACAAUUUCAGACAACAACAGCCGAAUGUUUUCGUUCAAUACAGGUACCACGUAACAAAACAAUUCGUUUAUGGCUCACUGAUCUAUAUAUUGGUUCACUACUUGGAAAUUGUGUUAACGAUCAUGUCUAUGUUGUUGAUAAUACAGAUACUAUUGAUUAUAAUCAUCCUGAUAUUGAUUGUCGUAUUGAUUAUUUUACAAUUGGUUGUUAUCGAUGUCGUACUUUUUCAACUCUAUGCAUUAAAUCUUCUCGAUUGUAUAAUGAGCAAUAA